AUUCUUCACUUCCGCCUUCCGCUCCUGCGUAUGCGUACUGGGUCGCUGCUGAAACCCUUUCAACUUUACAUUUGAUCAUAAUAAUAUAAAUAUAUAGCAAAUAUAUAUAUAUUACAUCACUAGUCGUGUUUAAAUGCUUUAGAUAUGUCGUCGGUCGUGAGCUCUGGUAACGGGGAGUGCAACGCAAAACAAAUAGGGGAUCAGGAACAUCCCCGCGUGCUGAUCCCAGAGCUCUGCAGGCUCUUCUAUGAGCUGGGUUGGGUGACAGGUACAGGGGGAGGAGUAACCCUGCGGCAUGGAGACCACAUUUAUAUAGCUCCCUCAGGCGUUCAGAAGGAGAGAAUACAACCAGAGGACUUGUUUGUGUGUGACAUAGAUGAGAGGGACAUCAGCUGUCCACCUCCACAGAAGAAGUUGAAGAAAAGCCAAUGCAUGCCCCUCUUCAUGAACGCCUACACUAUGAGAGGAGCUCAGGCAGUUAUCCAUACACACUCAAAGGCUGCUGUCAUGGCAACUCUCCUGUUUCCUGGGAAGGAAUUCCAGAUCACGCAUCAAGAGAUGAUCAAGGGGAUUCGAAAAGGAAACUCGGGCACAAAUUACAGGUAUGAUGACACACUAGUUGUUCCAAUUAUUGAGAACACCCCAGAGGAGAGAGACCUGAAAGAGCGCAUGGCCCGAGCCAUGGAAAUGUACCCUGACUCCUGCGCUGUACUUGUCCGCAGACAUGGGGUGUACGUUUGGGGAGAGACCUGGGAAAAAGCAAAAACCAUGUGUGAGUGUUAUGAUUAUUUAUUUGACAUCGCUGUUCAGAUGAAACAAUGUGGCCUGGAUCCCUCAGCUGUUCCCACUGAAGCUAAAGGCAUUGUUUGACAUAACUGAAUAUCUACAAUCAACAACUGUAAUAUUCAUGUUUAUUAAAUAUUAAAUGGUCCUUUCACAUUGUUUUUAAAAAUUUAAAAUCAGUUUUUGUAAUUUAAAAUUAAACAUUUGCAAACUGAUGAAACUGUUUUUAAUGACCUUCAUAACAAUAUUUUGUAUUUUUACAAUCAAAGUUACAUGUGAAUUACCUGCAAACAGAACAAAACGUUAAGAAUGCAGCCAUGUAAAAUGCCAGUCCAGAACAUUAUGAAGCUGAUGAAUGUAAUUCUAUUGUUUAAAUAUUUUAAUUUAACAAGCUGAACAUCAGUGAAGCUAGCAUUGCAGUUAUAUUUUAGUGGCUUAUUUGUAACUUUAGAUUCUUUAUUAGUAGCACAAUUUGCCUAAAUUGGCAGCUAAUUGUGUCAUAAUAUACGUUGCAAUGUUUUUUAACUAGUAGUGAUUGGAAGAUCGGAUCAUUUGACAGACUUGGACCUUUGAGUCUCUUUCAACAAAAUUAACAAAUCUUUUUCAAGUCAUUUCGUUCAUCAUGUGACGUAGGCCCUACAGGAAGCAGAAUUGAUUAGUUCACCUCCCGAAUAAGUCUUCGGAGUUCAAAUCUGAGUCUUUGUUUAUUUGACACUUGACCUCCAGACUCAGCAAUCAUUCACGAAUGACUGGUCUAUUUUUCAUAUUUUUUUUCUUUACAGCUCACUGUCAGUGUGCUGCAGUAGUUUGUAUCGUGAUCAUUACAUGUCAGUAUCGCAAUAAAUUACUUUUUAAAAUCAUAUGAAUUGUCAUGAUGAAAUAGUUUCAUGUAUUUAUUGCAGGAACUUUUGAGACUACAUUUUAUCCCAAGUGUUUAAAAUUAGUCGGAGUACUGGGCCAAAAUUCCAGCAUCUUUUUGUGAGAAGUUUGUGGAAGGCUACCCAAAACGUUUGACCCAAGUUAAACAAUUUAAAGGCAAUGCUACCAAAUACUAACAAAGUGUAUGUAAACUUCUGACCCUCUGAGAAUGUGAUGAAAAAAAAAAAUAAUAAAAAUAGAAGCUGAAAUAAAUAAUUCUCUGUACUAUUAUUC